UAAUGUAAGUUUUAUUUAUCGCCAGAUUUAGACUUCAUUCUGUUGCGCCUAAUCUUAUCACUAUUUAAAAACAAUGAGCAAGGGAAGACAAGGAAUCUCUGUUUCAGGAGAAGAAGCGAUUUAUCGCAUUCCACCAUAUUAUUACAUCCAUGUCUUGGAUCAAAACACCAAUGUCACAAAACUUGAGAUUGGACCAAAGACCUACAUACGUCAAGAUAAUGAAAGAGUAAUCUUUGGUCCCGAGCGCAUGAUAACAAUCCCACCCCGUCACUACUGUGUCAUCCAAAACCCAGUUGCGAAGAAUGCUGAUGACCAAAUUCAACUUGAUCCAUCUGGCCAAGCUAAAUUAAAUCACGCCGACCAGGAGAUUCGUUUAGCUCAAGAUCCUUUUCCUUUGUAUCCUGGUGAAGUCUUGAAAACGGCAGUUACGCCUUUAAGGGUUGUAACAGCGAACACAGCUCUGAGGCUUCGAGCAGAUCUUGAUUUUGAUGAAGAUGACACUCAUCGUGUGGCUGGUGAUGAAUGGCUGUUUGAAGGUCCAGGUACCUAUAUACCACGUAAAGAGGUUUCUAUUGAGGAGACAAUUCGUGCAACUGUUAUCAAGCGUAACCAAGCCAUUAAGCUUCGAGCAAGGAAAGAAACUAAAGACAGGGAUGGUGUAGAUAGAGUCACAGGUGAGGAGUGGCUUAUUAAGAAGGUUGGGGCUUAUCUACCCGGUGCAUAUGAAGAAGUGGUGGAUGUAGUUAAUGCUUAUGUGUUAACAGAAAAGGUUGCACUGCACAUGCAAGCCACCAGAACCUUCACUGACUUCAUGAAUCAGAAGAGGAAGAAUGGAGAAGAAUGGUUGAUCAAGAUGACCGAUACUGAGGCUCAUAUUCCUGAUGUGCAUGAAGAGGUAAUGGGAAUAGUGAAUGUUACUACCUUGACCAGUCGUCAGUAUUGUGUUAUCCUCAACCCAGUUGGUGCAAAUGGGAAGAACCAGCUUGGGAAUAAAAAACUUAUCAAAGGGGAGAACUCAUUCUUUAUUCAACCGGGAGAAAAACUUGAAAAAGGGAUUCAGGAUGUCUAUGUCCUUGGUGAGGACGAGGGUUUGAUUUUGAAAGCAGCCGAACUUUGUUACGAUGAUGAGAAUGAAAGGGAACGUAAACCUGGUGACAAGUGGAUGAUACGCGGACCUUGUGAAUAUGUUCCACCGGUUAAAGUUAAUGUAUUCGCUAAGCGUAAAUCAAUUUAUUUGGAUGAGAAUGAAGGUAUCUAUGUGAGGGAAAUGAAAACGGGAAAGGUGCGUAGUGUAUGUGGUCACACCUACAUGCUUACUCAAGAUGAGGAGUUAUGGGAAAAGAACCUCUCAUCCACCGUCGAGGGCCUCCUAGCAAGUGGAAGAGAUCCAAUGGCAGACAGAGGAACCAGGAACACAGCACCUGUAAUUGAUCCAGGAAUGUCAUUUCAAUCCAUGAACUGUAUCUUUAGUGCACAAGACGCACAACCAUUACAGACUCUGCUUAGGCCAAUAGAAGCAAGUGGAAGAGAUAAAACUAAAGUUGUCACAUUCCGUGUCCCACAUAAUGCAUGUGUGCAAAUCUAUGAUUACAAAAACAAGAAAGCAAGGGUUGUGUUCGGCCCCCACCUUGUAAUGCUCGGCCCCGAUGAGCAAUUCACCCAGCUCUCAUUAUCCGGGGGCAAACCAAAACGCCCCAACGUGAUCCGAGCUCUUGCUCUCUUGUUGGGACCAGAUUUCUGCACGGAUGUGAUCACCAUAGAAACAGCAGAUCACGCUCGUCUUUCUCUACAACUUGCUUAUAAUUGGCAUUUUGAUAUCUCCAAAGCAGUUGAAAGCCAAUCUGAAGCGGCAAAAUUAUUCAGUGUGCCUGACUUUGUUGGUGAUUUAUGUAAAGCUGUUGCAUCCCGCAUUAGAGGAGCAGUGGCUUCUGUUAGCUUUGAUGAUUUUCACAAGAAUUCAUCACGCAUCAUUCGCUCGUCUGUAUUCGGGAUAGAUGACAAAGGGAAGGUGAAAGAUAGAUUCGAGUUCCCACAAAACCGUCUCGUGGUUACUUCAAUCGACAUCCAGUCUGUUGAACCAGUGGACCAGCGCACACGAGACUCCCUUGUGAAGUCUGUGCAACUUGCUAUCGAAAUUACAACCAAUUCUCAAGAAGCCACAGCCAGACAUGAAGCAGAACGUGCAGAGCAAGAAGCCCGUGGCCGCCUCGAGCGGCAGAAAAUUGCUGACGAGGCAGAAGCUGAGAGAUCCAGAAGAGAUUUGCUGGAACUCCAGUCUCAAAGUGCUGCCAUUGAGAGCACAGGACAAGCAAAGGCAGAAGCUCAGUCCAGAGCUGAAGCUGCAAGGAUUGAAGGAGAAGCUGCUGUUGAACAAGCAAGGUUGAAAGCUAAUGCUGCAUCUAUUGAAGCGGCAUCUGAACUGGAAAGGCUGACCAAAGCAAGAGAUGCUGAGUUGAAAUACAUGAAGGAACAGAAUGAACUGCAAUUGAACAAGGACAGAGAGAUUGCUGAAAUUGAAACACGAAAAUUCAAAGACACAAUUGAUGCAAUUGGAGCAGAUACAAUAAGAGCAAUUGCGGUCGCUGGACCGGAAAUGCAGGUUAAACUACUGUCAAGCCUUGGUAUCCAGUCAACCAUUUUUACUGAUGGAAAAUCGCCUAUUAACCUCUUCAACACAGCAAAUGGUUUGUUAGGUGCCACUGCUGGUGGUGCUGCUAAGGUACCUGCAGUGUUGCACCAGACAAAGAGAGCACGUAAAGUAGAACAGGAGAGUGAUGAUGAAUAAAUGAACUGGAAGCACUGGUCACUUGUACAUAAACUACAAUAUUAACCAAUAUACUACUAAUCAUGUAAAAAUCUUCUGUAUUUCAAUUAGUCUGUGAUAUUAAUAGUGUGGUAAUAUUGUGUGACUUAUUCAGUAGAUUUUAACAAGAACCUUGGUUUAAGUACGAUUAACUUUUUUUUUAAAUAUGAUAAAAUUCACUCGGCGUAAAUUACUGUUUUCCCUUAGCACUUUAUUCUUUUAGUCUGCAAUUUUUCAUUCGACAUGUAUGUGCAGUCUUUAUAUAGCUGUCGGUUUCUGUUGCUUUUCUGUUGUUGAGUAGUUCAAAACACAUUUACUAUGUCGUCCUGUGAUACGUAUUCAAUUCCACUAUUCUGUUCAAUAUAAUAUAUAAUCACUUGCA